ACCUGUUUGACUCCACACGCUCGCCCACAUCUGCAACUUUCCCAGCAGGUCUGGGCUGGAAGCAGGACUGUAGGUGGGCUUCAGGAAGGGUGGAGUGGACAUCCUGGGUAGGAGGACUCAGCUGGAGGUGCUGCUGUCCGUCAUGCUGCUGGCUGCCCUGCUGGCUCUGCUCGCCUGCCUGGUGGUUCUGGGACUGGGAUUCAGCUCAGACAGCGGGCGUGGCCUCUGCCUGUCGGAGGGCUGCGUCACCGUGGCCAGUCAGAUUGUGGAGGCCAUGGACCGCAGCGCCGACCCCUGCCAGGACUUCUACCAGUUCGCCUGCGGCGGAUGGAUGCGGAAGAACCCGCUGCCAGACGGACGUUCUCGCUGGUCCACCUUCAACAGCAUCUGGGAGCAGAACCAGGCGCUCCUCAAGCACCUGCUGGAGAACGGGACGUUUAACGGCACCAGCGAAGCCGAGAGGAAGACCCAGUCCUACUACCUGUCCUGCCUCAACACGCAGAGGAUCGAGGAGCUCGGAUCCCAGCCUCUCAUAGACCUGAUAACCAAGAUCGGUGGCUGGAACAUGACGGGUCCGUGGGACAAGGACAACUUCAUGGAGGUUCUGAAGAUGGUCUCAGGUCCGUACAGAGCCCAGCCGUUCUUCAGUGUGGGCGUCAGCACCGAUCCCAAAAGCUCCAACAGCAACGUCAUCCAGGUGGACCAAUCAGGGCUCUUCCUGCCGUCCAGGGACUAUUACCUGAACAAGACGGCCAAUGAAAAGGUGCUGGCGGCGUACCUGGACUACAUGGUGGAGCUGGGGAUGCUGCUGGGGGGGGAGAAGACCGCCACCCAGCUCCAAAUGCAGCAGAUUCUGGACUUUGAGACGGCGCUGGCCAACAUCACCGUCCCACAGGACCAGCGGCGAGACGAGGAGAAGAUCUACCACAAGGUCACCAUCGCAGAGCUGCAGCUGCUGGCUCCAGCCGUGGACUGGCUGGACUUCCUGACGUUCUCUCUGGCUCCUCUGGACCUGAACGACACAGAACCCGUGGUUCUGUACGCCAGAGAGUACCUGCAGCAGGUGUCCGAGCUCAUCAACAAGACCGACCGCAGCCUGCUGAACAACUACAUGAUGUGGACGCUGGUUCAGAAGGGCGUGGCCACCCUGGAUCAGCGCUUUGAGAACGCUCAGGACAAACUGCUGGAGAGUCUCUACGGCACCAAGAAGAUGGAGUCCUGUACCCCACGUUGGCAGACAUGCAUCGGGAACACUGACGACACUCUGGGCUUCGCUCUCGGUGCGCUCUUCGUCAAGGCGACAUUUGACAAACACAGCAAAGAGAUUGCGGCUGAAAUGAUAAACGAGAUCCGCUCUGCGUUUAAACAUGCUCUGGACCGACUCAGCUGGAUGGACGACGAGACGAGACAGGCUGCUAAGGAGAAGGCGGAUGCUAUCUACGACAUGAUUGGUUUCCCAGAAUUCAUCCUGGACCCCAAAGAGCUGGAUGAUGUUUACGAUGGGUAUGAGGUGUCAGACGACAGCUUCUUCCAGAACAUGUUGAACUUCUACAACUUCUCAUCCCGAGUGAUGGCCGACCAGCUGAGGAAGACUCCCAACAAAGACCAGUGGAGCAUGACUCCUCCUACAGUUAAUGCCUACUACAUGCCCACGAAGAACGGCAUCGUCUUCCCCGCUGGGAUCCUGCAAGCUCCUUUCUACGCCCACGACCACCCCAAAGCGUUGAACUUUGGCGGCAUUGGGGUGGUGAUGGGUCACGAGCUCACGCACGCCUUUGAUGAUCAGGGUCGUGAGUACGAUAAGGAGGGGAACCUGAGGCCGUGGUGGCAGAACUCGUCAGUGGAGGCGUUCCGUCACAGAACAGAGUGCAUGGUGGACCAGUACAACCACUACAUCGUAAACGGAGAACCAAUCAACGGAAAACAGACGCUUGGAGAAAACAUUGCUGACAACGGCGGCCUGAAAGCAGCUUAUCAUGCAUAUCGGUCGUGGAUCCAGAAAAACGGAGAAGAAAAGAGACUCCCUGCAGUUAACCUCACAAACGAUCAGCUCUUCUUUCUAGGAUUUGCUCAGGUGUGGUGCUCGGUUCGAACACCAGAGAGCGCUCACGAGGGCCUGGUGACCGACCCUCACAGCCCCCCCAAAUACAGAGUGAUCGGCACCCUGGCGAACUCUCCGGACUUCAGCCGCCAUUUCAACUGUCCGGAGGGGACGCCCAUGAACACCGGGAAGCGCUGUGAGGUCUGGUAGAGGACUGGAGCGAAGAGGACCGGUGGGGGGGGGCUUAAUCAGGUCCAUCCGCGGCGUGGACGUUGUUUUAG